CAUCACUGUCAAAAAAGGUAAAAGGUCAAUUAAUGUCAAAGACCGAUCAUGGCACCUGUCAAGACAAAGUUUUCGGAAGGUGAAAGAGUGCUCUGCUUCCAUGGACCUCUCCUAUAUGAAGCCAAGUGCGUCAAAUCGGAGGUCAAGGAUAAAAUGAUCAGAUAUUUCAUCCACUACAAUGGUUGGAAUAAAAAUUGGGAUGAAUGGGUUCCUGAGAGCAGAGCGCUCAAGUUUAAUGAGGCCAAUCUGCAGAAGCAGAAGGAGCUAUUUGCAGCUCAGAAAGCAAAGCAAAAGAGAGCUCGUAGUCAGAAGAAACCUGAUAAAGAAGUGUCAUCAAAGGCUCAAUCAUCAACACCAUCAUCAUCAGAAAAAACUACAUCAAAGAGAGGAGCAAAGGCGUCAUCUGAACCAGCAUCAACCCCUUCUUCUGCAGCAGCCUCACCCCAACCACCCCCAGAAGAGCCUACUCCAGUGGCUGCUACCCCUGCCCCUGCUCCUCCAGCAGAUUCUCUGAGGAAGAAGAGAUCACGCCCAGAUAAUACAGUUGAAACGGAGGAAUCAUUUGUGAGCAAGGUAGACAUCAAAGUCAAAGUUCCUGAGGAGCUGAAACCCAUCUUAGUCGAUGACUGGGAUGCCAUAACAAGACAAAAAAUGUUGCUGCAUCUUCCUGCCAGGACUACAGUGGAGCAGAUUUUAGAGGAAUACAUGAAACAAAAGAGAAAUAAGAAAGACAUGACUCCAGCCAAAGAGAGCACUAUUGCUGAAAUUUGCCAAGGGCUGAAAGAAUACUUCAAUGUUAUGUUAGGGACACAAUUACUCUACAAAUUUGAAAGACCUCAGUUUGCAGAUAUCUUAGCAGCUCACCCUGAUGAACCAAUGUCCAGGAUAUAUGGUGCUGUUCAUUUACUCAGACUCUUUGUGAAACUUGGUGGAAUGCUUGCCUUUACACCUGUUGAUGAGAAGAGUAUGCAACUCCUCCUGACUCACGUCCAUGAUUUCCUGGCUUAUCUCAAGAAGAACUCCACAUCUCUCUUCAAACCCAGCGACUACGAGGCCGCCCCUCCGGAAUAUCAUCGGAAAGCUCUGUAGCAACGUCAGCUGUAUUUCUGUGCUAUUUUUAUUCUCAUUGCCAAUGUAACGCUUGGAUUAUGAUGAUGAUGAUGAUGUGGGUGUUUCAUGUAGU